AAAAGUAUUGUGAGCAGCAGUUGUGAGUUACAAUGUCGAAACUGGGAGCUUUACAUUUAACUAAACAUACCGGCGUAAAACAUACGGCAACCGUUAUAUUCUUCCAUGGAUCAGGUUCAUCAGGUGGUGAUAUAAUGGAGUGGGUAAGACUGAUGGUGAAGAAUUUUUCCUUCCCUCAUAUAAAUGUGCUGUACCCUACGGCUCCCUUGCAGCCCUACACGCCUGCGGGAGGCCAGAUGAGCAACGUUUGGUUUGACCGUGCUUACAUAACACCAGAUGUACCAGAAAAAUUAAACUCAAUAGCAAGUAUAGAAACGGAGGUUAAAAAUUUAAUCCGUAAAGAAAAUGAAGCUGGUAUACCUAGCAAUAGAAUUAUAGUUGGUGGCUUUUCAAUGGGAGGUACAUUAUCAUUCCACACUGGAUACCGAUGGGAUCGUAAUUUAGCAGGAGUAUUUGUAUUUAGCUCAUUUCUUAAUAAAAACUCAAUUGUCUAUGAAGACCUGAAGAAAUCUCCUGGUGGUAAUUUGCCACCUCUACUACAAAUACAUGGAAAUAGUGAUGAUCUAGUGUACUUAGAAUGGGGCCAAGCAACUUUCGAUAAUAUUAAGGAACUUGGUGUCAGUGGAGAGUUUCACAUUAUGGAGAAACUCGGACAUUCACUCAACAAGCGAGGCAUGAAUUUGAUAAAAUCAUUUAUUGAGAAACAUUUACCUGAGCAAUGAUAAACUAAUUAUAAAUAAAAUGUUUAUUUAGGGGCUAUCUCUAGGAGUACUGAGUACUUAGUUAAUAGAAAAAAAGCAGAUUCCCAAGUGCCACCCUAAUUGUUAUUAAUUUGUAGUGUUGAUAGUUCCUAAAAUAAGUACUGUUAUUUUUCAGUCGGAAAUGUUCUGAGGUCAAAAAUUUAUUUAUACAACUUUUGUAUUACUUAUUUUUAUUAUUUGAUGACAAUUCAAGGAGUAU